UAGCAACCAGAGCAGUGACAGUAGCAACGGCCGGAAUGGCAAAAGCAACAACAAUCAAAGAAGCCCUAGCCAGAUGGGAAGAAAAAGCCAGUCAGAAGCCAUCUGAAUCCAAAGAGAUAAAGCUUUAUGCCCAGAUUCCCCCUAUAGAGAAGAUGGAUGCCUCUUUGUCCAUGCUUACUAAUUGCGAGAAGCUUUCUCUGUCUACAAACUGCAUUGAGAAAAUUGCCAACCUGAAUGGCUUAAAAAACUUGAGGAUAUUGUCAUUAGGAAGGAACAACAUAAAGAACUUAAAUGGACUGGAAGUAGUAGGGGACACAUUAGAAGAACUGUGGAUCUCCUACAAUUUUAUUGAGAAGUUGAAAGGGAUCCACGUAAUGAAGAAACUGAAGAUUCUCUAUAUGUCUAACAACCUAGUGAAAGACUGGGCUGAAUUUGUGAAGCUGGCAGAACUGCCAUGUCUAGAGGACCUGGUGUUUGUAGGCAAUCCCUUGGAAGAGAAACACUCUGCAGAGGGGAACUGGAUCGACGAGGCAACCAAGAGAGUGCCCAGACUGAAAAAGCUAGAUGGUACCCCUGUAAUUAAAGAGGAGGAGGAAGAAGAAAACUAACACCACAUGUUCUGCUUUGUUAAUUUAUUUAAAUAUCAUAAGAACAACAGAUAAGUUUUGUAACCUUGUCUAUUUUAAAGAUU